AUCCGGAGCACGGAAGUUACGAGAUAAAGAUGAAAGCAAACUCAUAUGCAGUUUCCAUCGUCCGACGUCUUUACUUGGCACUAUAAUUAUGUAAGUACGGUACAUACCUAUGUAUUAGAAUUUAGAGGAAUGAAUAGAUGAUAUCGUCCGAUGCCACCGUCGUUUCUUCCAAACUUCUACAUCACCUCAUUUGUCAACUUCGUCUUUUUCGACUUUCCUCUCACACAAUUCCCUCAUCUUCGUCCUCUAUCGGUGUAAAUCAUCCUGCAGUGAGCAGUGACAGCGUCCGUGUUCAAUAGACUCGCAAAAUCCACCGCUCGUCAAUCGCUUUUAUAUGUACUUACUGUACCUACCUGGGUAAUUGAUAUAAAUUUCUACGACCUCUACUUACACGCCCCCAGCGGUUGUUUAUCACCUAUAACGUUAGGUGUAGCACCGCUAGGAGUUCUCGUGGACAGUCUCUUAUAUUCCUCCUGGGAUAACCUUGGGUGACGAGUAGUAGCAACAGUCAAUAGGAUUAACUAGUCCCACACCUCCCUAUGGUAUCUCGUUGAUGGCCGUCCUAAGCCGUUUUCCACAGCCAAGAUGAUGCUCCAUCGUCGGUUGGAUUCAUUGAUACCUCUCGUCCUUGGUGCGUUAGCUCUACUAUCCACGGCAUGCGCCAAAGACACGCAAUAUAUCAGCGGCACGAGUCUAGAUGGAGUCACGACGAGGCUAGCGCUCGACAGAACACCUGCCUUAUAUACGGGUGAUUUUGGUGAUUGUCUUGGAGGACAGAGCUUGUUGAAUGUGACCAAAUUCGAUGCCGCCCUCUACUACGAUAACUCCACCAUUCUCUUCCAUCUCGACGGCACUACAAAUAUCAGGAAUGAAAGUAUUAUGUUAUACAUAUCCGUCGAAGCCUAUGGCGAAAGCAGGUUCUCGAUGACGGUAAAUCCGUGCAAUGUAAAUAUAUACAGCAUGUGCCCCCUGAGUGCCGAACAGCCUGUUGAAGCUUUCGCUUUAUUUCCGAUCGGCCCUCAACAGGUGUCUGGCAUCCCGCAAAUCGCAUACGAGGUUCCCGACAUUGAGGGUUACGCUAGAAUCCAGAUUUUUGCCAACUCAAGUCAAACCGAGAUUGGAUGUUUUCAAGCUGUUAUGCGGAAUGGAAAUUCGUUCGCGCAACCAGAGUCGAUCAGCACCGUCUUAGGGAUAUUUACCGCCGUGGCCGUGAUCGCGUCGUUUGCAACAGCAGCAUAUGGUGUAAGCAUUCCUCAUAUGAGAAGUCACUACGCCCAUUCGUUAUCAGUCCUUGUCAUAUUCGAGACUUUUCAGUCUAUAUUCUUUUCCGGGGCUUUAUCGCUACCUUGGCCGAGCGUACUCCCGGCCUGGUGGAGCAACUUUGCGUGGGCGGCCGGAUUAGUACCAAGUUCGAACGUGGCGCGUUCCAUCAACCCCUUCGUUGGUGUCAGCGGCAAUGCAAGUCAGGUUGGAGGGGCCGGUUCUACCGUCAUCAACAAUCAAGGAGGACUUACUCAACAAAUAUACGGACGUUCGUUCCUAUCGAACCUUGCAACCCAAAUAACAAGUAAGAGGGUUCCGGAAAUCGUUCAAGGUACUAUCAGUGCUAUGACGAAGAGGGAGCCCUACGACCCAAACAAUUCCUACGACUAUAAUUGGAAUGGCAGUCCGGUACAGCCAGGGAUGCCCUUGCCUGGGGAUUGGACUGGUUUCACGGGCGAACUGUCAGAGCUGAGCAUUCCCGGCUCAAAUGCAUUCAUGGUUGGAUUAGUCUGGUUACUCGUUGCUCUAGGGCUCGUGGUCGUCUUCCUAGUGGCCUUCAAAUGUUCCCUGGAAGGACUAGCAAAGAUGAGGUGGAUUAAACAAGACCGCCUAGAGUAUUUCCGAUCCCACUGGACUGGUUACCUAAGUCUCGCUAUCCUAAGAACGCUCUUCGUUGCGUUCUUCUCCAUCACAACUCUUGCAAUGUUUCAGUUUGCCAUACACGGCUCAGCCGGUCCUACCACGAUAGCGGCAAUUGUCUUCGUCAUCUUCAUUGUCGGUAUGGGAGGAUUAGUCUUAUACGCCCUCCAUUCCAGGCUGCGAUUCGGCACAUUCUCCAUCGAUCCAGACCGCAUCUUGUUGCGCAGGGGCAAGAUCUUUGGUUGCCUUCCCUGUGUUUUGCCUAUCCGUCUUAGCCAACUAAAGGAGGAGGAACUGGGCGAGAAGCCGGUUGGAUCCUUGCCAUUUGUUCGUUGGCAUUUCAUCGACAACGACCCCAAUCGAACGAACGUUCACCAAGAUGAGGAGUAUAUUAAACGAUUUGGCUGGCUGUAUGCACGCUAUCGGCUCUCCAGAUGGUGGUUUUUUGCCUGUUGGCUGACGUAUCAGUUCGUACGAGCCUGUUUCCUCGGAGGUGGUGCGGGCAAUCCGCUCGCCCAAGUUUUUGGACUAUUCAUUGUCGACAUUCUUGCGCUUGUCGUCAUUGCAGCACUCAAUCCGUAUGAAGGGCAGCGAAACACAGCCCUAGCUGUUUGGCUCCUAGGCCUUACCCGGGUGGCCACUACCGGCCUUUCUAUUGCGUUCCUCCCUGAUUUCAACCUCAAUCGUAUCAUACUUACCGUUAUCGGAGUCAUCAUCAUCGUGAUCCAAGGCCUCCUUACCAUUGCGGUGAUGAUUCUGGUAAUUAUUGGAUGUAUCUCUUCUUGGAUGUCUCUGUCUCGAAAUCGCGAAUAUUUUAGUUCGGAAAUGCUCGAAGGGGUCCGCAUUCGAUACUUCGAACAUAUAGCCCAGAGGGCUACCGACAAACCUCCCCCGCCGAAGCCUCGGUCGAAGUCGAAGACAGACCCAAAACCUAAUUCUUCGGGUGAAGUCCCAGAGCUCUCGAAGGAGCCUUAUUUUACUGUCACUUCGGUCCGGCGAGCCCCCAAGAUCGAAGACGAAGAUGAUGACUAUUUAGCCGAGAUCAACCUAUCUCCUAUUGCUGGUGGUGCAACAUCCGUUCCUAGUCCUAUGAGGAGAGCAAGCCGCUCUGCUAGUGUCAGUUCACGGCACUCCGUGAGUAGUUUACCUCGUGGAGCUAGAGUUCACCGUGCUUCGUGGAGUUCUAGAGACUUCUCUCAGGGACAACUAGACCACGAUCGGCCCACCGCUCUCGUACGACAAAGAAGUGGUGGACUAGGUCAUAUUCGGACCAACUCUCCAAACAUUGCUGCCGUUUUACAAGGACAACCAUCUGUUAGCAGUCUCCGAACAGGAACGUCAGUCCCUGGUAGUCGACCGAUGACUCCUACGAAAGAAGUCCCCGAAGCACAGUCGAGUCUGGGCGAGGUCAAGGAACUCGAAAAGGACACGGAGAAUGAGUGUUUAGAAGAUUCUCAGUAGUCAUGGGAUUCCUCAGACAACUCGAGGGUGGCACUAAUCAAAUAAUGAUUAGAUACCCGUGACUCAUCCACCUUCACCUCCAUGGUUUGUGCUAUAAUUCACUAGACCAUUGGUCAUUAUACCCCUUCCGCAACCUAUCACUUGUUUAAGAAGCAUCCAUGGUGGUGGGCUGGAGCAUUGAAUGGCGUAUGGGUUGUUUAGCAUAUUCAUGAGGUGUUGGGCGUAUCGCGUUUUUAUAAUGUUAGGUUUUCAAGCCGUUAGGUUAUAUGGCAUGGUGAGCGGAAUAGGUAGAAAUUGUAGGCCUGGGGGGCCUUUGGAUAACAUCCGAGUAUAGUAGUCAAUGGUACAGUGACAUUAAAGCCCCAAUACACUCUCUUUUAACUACAGACGUCUGUAGUUAUAAGGUACGUUAUCGGUGGGUUUACCUUUGGUUUUCUAAGACGAGAGCCAAGACUCUGUGUGGGAUACGUCGCUUCGAUCUAUCACCCUGGGGAGCGCGUAUAGAACAUUAGGUAUCGAUGAUCGAGUUACUCACUUAGCCAAGCUGCGAAACUUCGGUUGCAACAAAGAAAAUACAGACAACGAUGGAACUUUUUUAGUAAUGGAUGGCGUCUCCCAUAUAGAUUACCACGCC